AUGGACAAGAUCAAGGAGCGAUUCACUAUUCUCGGUCAAAAGAUCGAAGCUGCUGAAAGUAGAGCAGAGACAGCUGAAGGUGAGAACAAAAAGCUCAACCAAACCCUGCUUGAAAGGGACCAAGAAGUCGCUUCCCUCCAACAUAAACUCUCCCUGGCAGAAUCAGAACUUGAGAAAUCAGAAGAACAAGUCAAAAGUCUCAAAUCAGCUUCUGAAGAAGGUGAAUCUCAUAGAACCACAGGUGAAAAUUUGGCUAGAAAAGUACAACUUUUAGAAGAAGAAUUAGAUAAAGCUGAAAAAGAUUUAAAGGAAACCACUGAAAAACUCAGACAAGUCGACGUUAAAGCUGAACACUUCGAAAGACAAGUUCAAAGAGCUGAACAAGAGCGAGAUGAAUGGGAAAGGAAACACGGAGAAGCAGUCGAGAAAUACCAACAAUCCAAGAGAGAGCUCGACGAAGUUGUCGCUCAAAUGGAAUCUUUGUAA